CAGCCGGCAGUCGUGUUAUAUUGCAUGCAGACCAAGACACGAGUUCAUCACUCUGAAUGCCGAUCUACUGUAUCAGAAAUUAGCCACCACCAAAUAAGUAGUUCACUGCAUCCAAGAAUUCACUUAUUCGGUGGUAUUAAAAUGAAAAAGUUAAACAAUGAGAAUAAGAAGGAUGAUGAUCAUCAACAUGUUUAUAUAGAAAUGAUAAGUUCCUAAGAAAUAUGCAAAAAAAUUUCUGAUCAAGGAGAAACGGGUAUUUUAAGAUUCAUAACGAAUAAUAUUUGUGUAGAAACAUUAUUAAAGCGAUGAUUGGCUGCAGAAGCAGAUAUCAUAAGUUUCAGCACACUGCAUCACAUAGCAGCCAUUGGACAAAAACUGCCUCAACAACUGAUUGAUUCAUAAAUCAAGUGGAGUUUUGAAAAAAAUGUUGUCAUGUUGUUUUUAUUGUUUUACUCCUUCUUUUUAAGUGAUUACUAAUCCAACAUUAUUCCAGUUAGUCUAAGCGUGGUUGGAGAGAAGGAGUAUAUAUCUAUUAGACGCAGUUGCUAUAUAAGCAGAAAGACGUCAAGUAUUGUUGUCAGUUGCGUGCAAAAAGUGCUUUAGUCAAGAGUUUUUCAAAUUAUAAUAAAUUUUUAUAAUACAGUAGACAAGAACAAUUGUUGUGGGAGAAAAAUUGCAUCAUUAUAAUAUGCAAUAGUGCGUAAUAUUAAUCAAAAAAAAAAAAUUUUAUAAUUAUUAACUAAUAUAACUAAUGAUAUCUCCAGGCAUAAAAGUCGUCAUAUUUGUUUUGUUUUCAUUGAACAGGAACUAAGUAAACAAUAGACACAAUGAAUUGUUUUAUUGAAAGCAUUACGUUGGAAGAGAGCAAUGACCUAGGAUCACCGGUGAAGAGUACACAAACAUUGAAGCACGCAAAUCCAAGCAAUGAAAAUGAAAUUCAUUCAAGGAUGAAAGUUUCAGAUGAGGGCAAAAAUUUAAAUUUUAAUAAAGCAAAUGAAAAAGGGGACUUUUCAAAAAUAUAUGAAAUUUUUAACAACAAUUUGCCCUCAGAAGUUAAUAGUCUAAAAAAAGAGCAAAAAUAUGAUGUCAUAAAAAAAUCAAUAGACGAAUAUUUUGUAAAUGAACCAGAAUCUCUAAGAAUAAUAACCGCAGGGUUUUUAUUUAGUGAAGACAUUGGAAGACUCCCGGAUCAAGUACCUGAAUGGUUAGAUCGUGAGAAGUUUGCAAGGGGUCAAAAAUUUGCUCGAGAUAAUCUUUUCGGUAUAUUUUUUGCUGAGUAUCUGGCUUUAUUCCUUCUUUUUUCGUUCGACGAUGGUUUGAAACCAAUGAUACUUACUCAAAAAUCGUCUGAACCUUACACUGCAUUCAAAAGGUAUCUAUCAACUAGUACCAGAAUAAGGAAUUGGUAUAAUAGUGAUCCUUGGACUAAAGGAUCACCAGCUUAUAAAGAUCUUGUAGCAGUUAACCAUCUACAUCAAGCUAUUAGAAAUAAAUUAAAUAGUAUGACUUAUGAAGAAAUAGAAAACGCUGGAACACUUCCAAAGACCUGGUCGCCAAUAAAAGAUACAUUAUUAAAAGAUUUUAAUGAAACAUGUCCUGUGGCUUUACCUGGACAAUGUCCCUAUACUAUAAGUGAACUUCGAGGUAUAAGGCCUAAAGGAUUAAACCAAGGAGAUAUGUCAGCCACUCAAUGUGCUUUUGUGUGUCUAAUGAUUCUUUAUCCUGACAAAUUCGGAGUGCAUGAUCAUGUUGAUGAAGAUUUAGAUGCAUUUUGUCAUCUCUGGAGAGGAAUUGGAUAUCUCCUCGGCAUUAAUGACGAAUUCAAUUUCUGUCGAGGAAGUUUAGAAGACAUUAAGAUGCGAUCCAAAGAUUUUAUAGAUUACUGGGUGAAACCUAAUUUUCGUAAUAUAAGUCCUGAAUGGGAACACAUGAUGAGAUGUAUGCAUGAAGGUAAUCAGUAUUAUUUUCCUGGUAGCUCUUACGAAGUGGAUUUAUUAUUUCUUACGGAUUUGCUGGAAUUAAACAUGCCACGACUGCAAUCUCUACUCACUACUUCUGAUUGGAUAAUGUAUUAUGUGACGAAAUUUAUGAUGCGUCAUCUGGUGCGUAUUCCACAAAUAAAAUCUUUUCUUGUUCGUCGUCUUAAUGAAGCUCUCGAUCGAGCAUUAAAGUAUGAUGAAGAAAAGCAUGAAACUCUUCGUAAAAAAUCCUCAGAGGUUCUUAAUAAAGUUUUAAACCAAACGCCUAUGAAGAAUAAACAAUCAUUUAUUAAUCUUGAUAUUUCACUGCAGUACAAGUAUAUAGGUUUAAUAGUGCCAUUUUUAUUGUUUUUUAUAUCAUGGAAAAUAAAUUCGAUGUUAAUGUGAUGUUAGAAAAUUUUGAAAUAAAAUAUUUUGAUAAUAA